AAGUGAAAUCAAGCCGCGGACUCGGACAACAUAUAGUCCCCAUUUUUCAACUUAAAUUUAUCGAAAGAAAAGCGAACCCGCUUCCCCCUUGGACCUGUCGACGUUCGGCCGAAAUCCGGGGAGGACUCGACCGGGGCUGGAGCUCUUUGUGCCGGGUUUGGAGCACUUUUGAAGACGGGCGGAAAGUGGGUGAUGAGUCCUAGCCUGUAAAAAAAGAAGAAGCGAGAACUUGCUUUGCAGCCUGAGUAGUUCUUCUUUCAAUUGUUAUUGUCGCUUUAAAAAAUCUUUAAUUCACUUAAACUUCGUCUCGGCCGCGUCGAAAGUGGGAGAAAAGUGCUUUUCUGGUCGGAACAUGGAACUACAAGGCCUGCAAGAGGCGUUGAAAGUAGAAAUCCAAUGUCAUCAGAAUCAGACAUUGUGCAAAGGCCUCGAACUUCAGAAUGGACAGGUGAGAAGCCGUGAGAAGCUGGCGGUCAGGAGUUGUCCUGUGGGGACGACUAAGCCGCUGUCCCUCAUCAAACCUCCCGGUCAGAGCAUCGCCAUCUCCGUGGUGCCGGCGAAGGCUCCCGUUUCCAUGGUAACCGCACACAUUAACGGGCAGAAGGCGGCGAGCUCGGAGCCUCUUCAGACGUCACCCAUCAACCUGCAGACGGGCGGCAGGGUGGGGACGGCCGGAGUCCACGCGUUCAGCAGCAGCAGGAGAGCCGCAGAGCUGCCCCCCUCUCAGAUGCUGGGAACUCUCACUGCUGUGCCCAUCAAGGUGCCUCAAGUCAGCUCCCUGCACCGGCUGGCAGGACAAGCAGCCACUCUGCUACCUCAGGUCAGGCCAAAGACCCAGAUCCCCGACAGCCUCCCCCACAGUCCCUGUCAGGAGCUGCAGCCGCUCAGCCUGCAGAGAGCCACCGCCGUGGUCAGCCCCAAGAGCGGGGGCCCCACCCUGCCCACCGCCAACAGCACCUUCAGCCCCGACCACCAGCCCAACGGCCAGAGCGACGCCUCGCCGCCCUCGGGCCCACCACACAGCGCGUCGGGGGGCCCUGAGUCCGGCGGUCCCGUCCAGCACGCCACGGCAGGGCCCGGCGUGGCGUACGCUAUCAUCGCCGCCUCCCCCGCCACCGGGAACGGAGUGUCUGCCGUCAGCGAGGCCGUCAAGGUGAUUAUAAUCCAGCCACAGGCCCCCAGCAGCACUGAGGGCUCCCCGGGGGCUCAGGCGGACCUCCCCUCACAAGAAGCUCCGCCCACUCCAAAAUCCACAUCCCCUAAAAAAGAUGAGGACCCCGAGAAAAUCGCCUUCAUGGUCGCCCUCGGCCUCGUCACCACGGAACACCUGGAAGAAAUCCAGACAAAGCGACAGGAGAGGAAGAGACGAAGCACAGCAAACCCAGCCUACAGCGGCAUGUUCGAACCAGAGCGCAAACGUCUGGCGUCACAUUACCUGAACAGCUCGCUCUUCCUGUCAGCACGAGACUCUGAGGAUUUCUGCUGGAAGGAGGACUUGGAGCACGACGAGCACUGUUCUGUCUGCAAGGAGGACGGAGAGCUGCAGCCCUGCCACAACUGCCCCAGAGCCUUCCACCCAAACUGCCUCCACCCGCCGCUUAAAACCCCGCCCAGAGGACCCUGGUACUGCCCCAAGUGCCAGAAGAAGGUGCUGAACAAAGAGAACAUGUCGUGGCCACAGAACUUCGUCCAGUCCUACGUCACACACAAGACAGUGAGGCAGGAGGAGAAGCGACGGCUGCUGAGACGAAACAACGAGCUGAAGAACGAGCACUCUCAUCUGGAGGAGCAAGACAACAAGCUCAACGACACGCUCCAACAAUGUAUGGACCUGAGGGAGCGGCUGCUGGGGCAGCAGAGAGACACUCAGGCGUCGCUCGAACGCGUCAAAGCUCUGAUCCGCCUGAUCCAACGCGACCAGCUCAUCCAGGUCACCAUGACCACCACCGCCACCAUCCCCACCUCCCUGCUCUCCCAGUCCUGGAUCAAACAACCCACCAGCAUUAACGUUGUCGCCGCCGCCGUCCCCGGCCCCUCGGCCAUCGCCCUGCAGACGAGCCACGCCCACAGCCAGGAUGAUGCCAACAACUAGCCCCGCCCCCCUGGCUCUGACCAUUAUCUUUUUAUCAGAAUAAUAUCCAUCUUUUUCUCCAAGAAGCUGAAAAAAGCGACACAAACUGAGAAAGAAGAGCCUCUAUCCUCCACGAUUCAAGUAUUUUUUAAAACCCAACACCUACAGUGCUUACGAGAUUUCUUUGUUUAAGUUAUUUUCUAUUUAUUGACGUUCUUGGCCUUAAUGUAUUUAUUACAAAAAGUUAGAAGACAGUGGCGCCGCAGGAACACAACGGGAGCUUCUGCGCGCGGUCCAAAAGAUAUUUCCCUUUUUUAAACACAGGUCUAAUAAUUGUUCUGCAUAUAGUGAGAGAGAACAGUAGAGUUAGUCGUAGUUGAAGAAAACAAAGCAUUGUGGGAAGUGAACGGACUGUACAUUGAUAUAUCUGAGUAGAUGUUUGUUCUCAUUCUCCUAUGAACAAUGUUUUUGCCAUAAGAAUUCAGGAAAUGUUUCAUCGUGUAUGUAAACGCAUACGAGCCUUCAAACAAAAACAGAGAAUAACUUUUUUUCAGUAUUAAUAGAGUUAAAGUCAAAGAAAAAAGUAUUUAAGAUUAAACUACAGAAAUUAGCAUUUCUAGUGGAGAUUUUAGUAUUUUCAUGCUGAUGCCUGUUGAUAAAUGUACGUUUGGAGUAUUCAAGGGGAUCACUGUA